AUGGAUGCUGCUACUCGUGAUGCGUCGAGAGGACAUUUUGCUCGAAUCUGUGUCGAGGUGGACUUGACCAAGCCAUUAAUAAUUAAGUACAAACUGGAGAGGAGGGUCAGAAGGCUUGAAUACGAGGGUCUGCAAAAUGUAUGCUUUAGUUGUAGAAGAUUUGGCCAUAAUGAGGCCUCCUGCCCCAAAAGAGAAGUCCCGGAGCCCACGCCUGAGGAUUUCCAACGCGCACAACGCGUGGUCUCACAAAGGAAGAUUGAGGAGGAGAUCCCAGAGAUUUUCGAGGACUUUGGACCUUGGAUGUUGGCUAUGAGGAACCAACGUCGAAGCAACCCGCGUGAACAGCUUACUGGUAGGGAUCCCCGUCGGGGUAAUGGUCUGGGAACUUCAGCGCCAGCAAGCUCCGGUUCAAGAAUCAAUAUUCUUGAGGACCUCAAUGAUGAGCUGACCAAAAACCCGAUCGCAUUGGCGACAACAUCAAAGGAAGUCAUGGUUGAGGAGAUGGAUACUAGCAUGGAAGAGGAUGAGGUUUCAAAGGAAGUGCAGGGGGAUACAGAGAAGGUUGGGGAUCAGGGAUCUGUUAGGGUGAGUUUGGAGGCAGAUAAAACAAUCGGAGGGGCCGCAUUUAUAGUCGAUAAACCUAAGAAAAUGAGUACGUGA